AUGACGCAAGGGACGACAGAGCGAAGAAAAGAGUAUUUUACCUUUUCAGGACACACUUCGAUCGCAACUUGUCGGGCGAAGCAGCUGCAGUGUUGCGGACCGGAUGCGCAAAGAUCAAUCAUCGCCGCGUCGCUGAGGCAAGGACAACUUGAGGAGGCGAGUCAGCUGUCACACAGUGACGGGACAGCGACGGCGAUGGCGACACCAGAGCGCUUUUUCAGGCGAUCCGAAGCUGAAGAAAGUCGAAUUGGAAGUCGAAUUGCGGUUGCAGCUGCAGCCGAGCUGAGCUAG